AUCCCGCUGCCAACAGUUGUCCUGCUGCGGCUGGCAAUCAUCCCGCCGGCUGAGGUCAGGACGGCUUCAAUUUGGCAGUGACUCUUCAUAUAGGGUCCCUACAAAGUCGACCAGAAACAGAUAGGAAUAGAAUAUUGUCCCAUCAGCAGUAGAAGAUGCAUCUAUGCUGAACACCAUAGACGCCGGAUUGCUGGCACUUCUGUCUGGCUCUGGAAUGGAACAUUAACAGUCAUUGAUGUCUAUAUCAAGAAUACAACAACAACAUGUCGUCAGAUUGAUUCAACAAUAACCAAAAGAAUCAAACUUGGUAAAGACACUGCAAACUCUACAGGAAGAAACUGGAGUUUCAUAAAAUACAGUUGACAGUAUUGAUGGAUUCAUCUCUGAUAUAAAUAAUGGACAUUGGGACACUGCACUCGAAGCUAUCCAAUCCUUGAAACUACCCGACAAAAAACUAAUUGAUUCAUAUGAACAAAGAACAGAGCUAACGAGAUGGAAUAAUAAAUUGGAGCGUUGAGUUGGUUUUGAUUCUUUACUUCUUAGCCUACAUGAUGACCUCUGUUAUAGAAGAAUCAUUGUUCAUUGAUAAAGCCUGUCGAAUCAAUUUGAACAUAUCUGCCAACAUAUGUGAUCACAUCAGCUCGAAGGAAAAUGGAAGCUUCAAGAAAAAAUGCAGCUGUGUCAGGAAACCUAUGACAUUCAAGAAAGAAUUUCCCAUCAAGGACCAAUCCAACAUGAAGCUGAUCAAUAUAGAUGGCGGCGAUAAUUUGGUCAUAGGAUCAAAACCAACUCAAACUGUAGCACAGCCUAACAGUAGUUAUAUAUGUACCAAGUUUGGAUAUGAUCAGAUAUCGUACGAGAAAAGCAAUCACAAAACAGUUGUGAAAAAAGCAGGGAUAGAUGAUGACAGUUAUUUUGUGCUAAUAACUAGAGCUGUUUGGCUGUGUAAGGAAGAUGUUGUAAUAGAAGAAACAUCACAGCUGUCACAUUUCGUGAGAGUCGAGAACGAUCUGAUUAGCAUCAAGCCAAUUGCCGCCGUCGAAUUCUACGAUGGUGUAUUCGUGAGUGCCACCAGAUACGUUGGCCAGAGAUAUGCUGUCAAAAUAAAAGAAAUAAAGUAUUUACAGUCUACUUCCACAGAUCUAAACAAAUAUGAAACAGCUCCAAUGAAUGUUGUCCAGUAUGAUGGGUUGAUAGCAUUUGAAAAAGCUCUGUUUCCCCCAUAUCAACCGGGGUAA